UCGAGGGUAAUACUUCUAGUUCAUGGCAUAUACCUAACUGUUUAGGACAAAGACGUCCGAGGACCUUUGGUUCCCAGGAAUCUUGUGUUUCUACACCAGGGCAAUAAACUGGCGUGAAUUGGUUGUAGUCUCAAGUGUCAUACUUCAACAUUUAUGGCGGAAAUGUGUAGAAAGUUAGUUAGACUUGAUGAUUCAUUGUGACUCAGCAGAUAAUGUUGCUGGACCUUAUGCAUUAAAUAGGUUGAGAGAGGACUCUUCAACAAACUUCCGAGGGAGUCGCACGCAAACCCAAUACAGUUCUGAGAUCAUCGUCUUGUGGCUAAAGCCAACAGAAAAGCUGCUGCACAUCAUAGGACAUAGCUCAUGUCCACCGAACAAACCGUACCAUUUGCAGAUGUUACGGACUUUAAACUGCGGGAGAGAUCUUAUUCCAAGUGAAGAUGAAGAUGAGGAAUCAGAAAAGUCUGAAAUAGAAGCCCCUAAGUCUUUAUCAGAGAAGCAGAAAAGAAGGUUGGUUAAGUAA